CCAACCGAGCAGUCUCGUUCUUCUCCGAAAAAGCUAACCGCGCAACAACAUGUCUGACCCUGAAAUAUCUCCGCCGUUAUCACCCAAUUCCCCGACCCCUCAAUCCCCAAAAUUCAAUGUCCCCGUGAAAAAGCGUAGAAACACGUCAGUGGAGGUGCACGAGAAGUUGAAAGCCCUUGAAAAGGUGAAACUGGGCUGUCCUCGUCACAUUGUCGCCAAGGAAUUGGGUGUCCACUCGUCGACAGUUGACGGUUGGAUAAAGAAUGAGAAGGCCCUUCAGAAAUGGGCGACAGAGCACAAUGGAGUGAUGCCAACGGCCAAGAAGAGACUGAGAAAGCCAGUCCACGAAUUGAUAGACAGAGCAAUGUGGCUAUGGCACAGAGAGAGAAGUGCAGCGGGAUGUAGCAUCACAGGACCCAGUGCCAAGAUACAGGCCCUUCUCUUUCGAAAUCAAUUGAAAAUAGCCCAAACAUUUACAGCAAGUCAGGGAUGGUUGACAAAAUGGCAGAGACGUUAUGGCGUGAAAUUUAGCCCGCAGAAUGGUGCAUCGAGUGCUCAACAGGCAGCACUUGAGGACGACAAGAUUGCAGCAGACAAGUAUAGAGCCAAGUUGGUGGCGAUGAUUGAGACGGAGGGACUGACAUCGGAUCAGGUCUUCUUUUGCCAUCUCAUUGGACUCAAUUAUCGACAACUGCCCGAUCUCGUGAUGAAUGUCAAAUGGACACCUGAGGGCCAUCCCCAGAAGCAGCUCAAGGAGAGAAUCACCCUAUUGGCCUGCACCAAUGCUUCUGGCUCCUGCAAAAUUCCUCUUGUCCUUGUUGGCAAGUUUCCCAAGCCCAGGGCUAUUAAAAAUCUCACACAACUUCCUGUAUGCUAUAGAAAUCAAAUGAGUUCCUACAUGACUGGGAGAAUUUUCACCGAUUGGUUCAACAAUGAUUUUUGCCCAACAGUCAAUGAGUUGUUGAUCUCCAGGGGCGUCCCCCCCAAGGCUAUUUUGUUUAUGGAUAAUUGUCUCUUGUUACCGCACGAAAUGAAGAACCAGGAUAUCAGGGUCGAGUUGUUACCGCGUAAUAUUAGCGUAUUAUUGCAACCUUUUGAUAAGGCCUGGCUGAGGAAUCUCAAGGUUUCCUAUCGACAGCAACUCAUCAAAUUUCUUAUGAAUAAUCUUAGUGUUGGGGUUUCUUUGGACGAAGCCAUGAAGAAUCUUACCAUCAGAGAGGUCAUCUUUUGGCUUGCUAAUAGCUGGAGUAAACUGUCGGAUGAUAUGAUUGUUCAGUCUUGGAAACCGCUCUGGCCCCAGCUCCCAGAUACCGAGCCGCCGUCGCCUCCUCCUCCUCUACCCCCCGAAAAUCAAGUAAAAUUAGAGGAGAAUUCAUCGGAAAUUCAGAUAAAAGUAGAAGGGGGGAUUAUGAUUGAGGAAGGAGAAAGUUCAACUGAUCUAUUCCAACAGAACGAAAUAGCCCUGAUACGAGAAUUCUGUGAGGCACUCAACAGAACCAACCAUUACCGAAGUGUCAAUUUCAUUGACAUUGAAAAGUGGCUACACCCAGCAACGAAACUCACCGAGGACGAGUGCCUAGACGAGGAUGAAAUUGUUCAGAUUAUCAUGGAGGAGAACGAAACGAAUCAGCAGAUUGAGAAUGCACCAGCAGCCCCUCCUCCCCCUGACAAGCCAAAACCGACUCUUGCAGAGGCGCAAGCCAGUCUGAAGAAAGUCAUUGAUUAUUGCUCAACAAAUUCACAUUAUUCGAGGGAGCAACGAUUGUCAUUGAUUGCCAUUCGUGACAUAAUGAAUACAGAGAAGAAAAUACCAACUACUCCUGCGGCUGUUGUCAGUAGUUGUUAUGAACAUCCGCCAUUCGAUUUUGUUGCUAUUGCAGAGGAUGAAGACUGUCAAUUCACCAUGUAUGAGAAGUAAUCUAGCGAUAGUUAUCGAUGGCAAAUAAGGCCUUUCAUUCUAAUUGAGCUUUAUGCAGGAGAAAAUGUUUUUGUUGAAAUGUGAAGAUGGAAUAUGUCUGAUUCGACUGUAAAUAGUAUUAUUAAUUAGUUUGUAAGAUCAUGGACAAGUUUCAUCAUUCAUUAAAUCGACAAUUUUCCACA